AGUUAUGAUGCACAAUAGUUCCUUGGAUGAGAAGAUGGUCACAAAAAUUUUGUCAAAUGUCUGUCAGCCAGGAAGGGUGUACUGGAACGAUGUGUGUGGGCUCAGCAACGUGAAGCAGCGUUUGAAGGUUUGUAUUGACCACUAUCCUUAUUUGAGCAGUACUUGAGAGUACUUAAUGCAAGGCUCAUGUUGCCAAUGCCUUUAUUUAUCACAUUCAGGAAAUGGUGGUCUAUCCCAUGCUGAACCCGGCAUUGUUCCAAGGUUUGAGGAGGCCUGGAAGGGGUCUCCUUCUUUUCGGUCCCCCAGGUACUGGGAAAACAUUAAUUGGAAAAUGCCUGGCAACCGAGGCCAGAGCCACUUUCUUUUCCAUAACUUCUUCAAGUUUUGGGUCGAAAUGGUAUGGCGAGUCUGAAACCCUCGCAAAGACCUUGUUUGAAUGUGCAAGAGCGCUUCAACCUUCCAUUAUCUUUAUUGAUGAAGUGGAUUCAAUCCUCAAAAGUGCACGUGACACUGAUGGGGGUUGCUCUACAAGACUUAGGACAGAAUUGCUCGCUUGUAUGGACGGGUGUACAUCAACUGGUAAAGAAGAGGUCCUUGUUGUUGGAGCAACCAACUGGCCUGGUAAGAUAGAUGAGGCGGCUCGACGACGUUUUACCAGGCGGUUGUACGUUCCCCUGCCUGAUGAAGAGACAAGAUUAGAGCAGUUUAAACACGAACUAUCACAGGAAAAGCAUUCAAUCUCUGAGGAUGAGUUUGGGCUCAUUGCUGAAAAAACAAAGGGCUACAGUGGAGCAGAUAUAACGCAGGUGUGCAGAAAUGCAGCCAUGAAACCAAUAAGGUCAUUAGACCCAAAUGGUCCCUCCAUUGAAUUCAUAACAAUGGAUGAAGUACGCCCUAUGAAUUUAAGUGACUUUCUGGAGAGUGUCAAUGAGACAACAAAAUCUGUCUCUCAGGAAAUGAUAGAUCAACUAGAGGACUUCAAUAACAAAUUUGGAAGUCUGUGA